UAUUUAGAUCCAUAUCAUAAUAACCAGAACUCUUAGAUAUAUGAAUGACUCCCAAGCUAGGGAGUGUGUCUUCACAUAUAAUGUCUCAAUUUCUGUUUAUCGAGAUGACUUGAUAGUUCCUGGGUGCUAACUUCUGAUUUUAGCAGAUGACUCGUUAAAUCAACAUCGGUAUCACUCUAGUCUAUCAUGAUACUAUGGCUCCUAAUGCCCUUUCUGCUGGUAAACUUGGCAUUAAUGAGGCUGGCUAGGCUGGGACUGCCUCUUUCGCCGUGUAGGUACCAUAGUAAUCUCUUACGGUUGAUGAUACUUGCGCUGAGGAGCCCUAGCGUCAUCCAACAUCUAUUUCUUGAUGUCUGUGUAUUCCGGCCUGACAUAUGGAAGGUAGUUGAAGAAAUUAAUAAUGGUAUAGUUCCAAUCCCAGGUUUUCUCCUACAUCAUGAUAUACAUUGUCGCGGUAACUGCCGUUACAAUAAAUUGGUGGGACAUAUGCCAGAAUUCAAGAUUAGUGAGGAAUACACAUAUCCAUCAACCACCACUAACAAGGUUGAAGUUGACAAUCGAUAACCAAAUAAUC